UGGCUACACAAUGGCAGACGCUGUGGCUGUGAGUAAGAUGAUGCAGGGACCGGGAUUGAACAGGAUGAUUCAAGUGCCCGGUGCGGGGGAAGAGGCCAAGAAAAAGACACAAAACAGGAGAAGAUGUGCAGACCAUCGUUGACACCAAUAACAGGUGGAAUGAGAAAAGAAGAUAGAAGAGAGAGAGAGAGAGAGAAAAUGAAUGGAUGACGGAGGGAGAGACAGACAAGACGGGAAGUGUGCCUGACCCCAAAGCACCUGCCUGAUCGGGACUGGUAUGCACGGGACCUCCUCUCCACCACAUCUUGGAUCUCCACUUGAGACAACAAACUGGCACAGACUGAAUACCUGGAAGGUAUACAGGCGUAUUAUCCGGUCCGCUCAAGAUGCUGCGACUGAGCAAGUUUUGAAGCAGAUAAUCCUCUCCAGACAUUGCCAGCUUCCACUGUAUGGAGAGAAAUAUGAACCGAUCGUACCGACUCAACAGAUGUCACACAGUAUUGACGGUGAUAAGAAGAUCCCUCCCAAGCGGUCAAUGGGUGGAGUUCACUGCAAGGGUGAUCGAGCAGCAGCAGCAGCAGCAGCACAGACAUACCUGAAGAAUGCCCAGCAAGGGUGGUCUACAAGAAGUCGAGAUCCUCUUCAGUUCCAUCGAUCUACCUGCUCCCGUAUUGACAAUUGGCCGCUUGUCAGCCAUACAGAGUUCAAUCAACAUAAGCUACUACAACUCUCCGACGAGGCUAAGUUUACCAUAACCCGAGUAGCAUGCGUUAGGUCAUUCAUUUUCUCAUGUCGUACUUUUCGACUCUGUAUGUACAAAUAAUGGGAACAAUCGCCCCGUGCAAGGGGACAAAUCAGGCACAUGAAGUACAUAAGAAAUAAGCAUCAACCGAUCCGAGGUUCACAGAAUUUCGAACCCGGUACAUAAGAGCCCGCGAACGCCAAGCGCCCAUUUCCCUUU